AUGAGGGUCCCAAUCCCACCUCGGUGCUGCAGCUGCAGCCGAACUAUACAACAGACUGCGAUUCAUUCUCGCCGCUUUGCUUCCACAUCCGCCUCAACCUCCGCUUCGACUGCGACGACCGCAACUUCCUCUGCGCCACCUACACCCGCUACCCCGAACUCUACCCCGAACCCUUCCAGGAAGAAUCGCUGGUUAGGAAUUAUAUUUGUAACUGCGGCGGCAGCUGGAGCUGGAGCGUAUCUUCGGUCGCAAAGCCCCGGGUCCGCGACUUUGAAUCAAGACACAUUCACAAAAUACAGCCUUGUUUCCAGAGAGCCAGUCUCAACAACCAGCAGUCUCUUCACACUCCGACCCCGAUACCCCAGCGGUAGCAACUACGAUGUCUACGAAGAAGCAUGGAAGAUCGGAGUAUGGAGUGUUAUGUUUAAGCAACCCCAACUCCAAAUCGGUCGAGAUUAUACACCCCUCCCCACGACUGCUGCAACAACAUUGACGGUAGAUGAGGAAAACGAAGGGUACCUGCGAUUUUUUAUACGGAAGGACCCCUUUGGAGAAGUUUCUCGUUAUCUGCACAAUUUGACUAUAGGUGCAGAUAUUGAAAUGCGAGGGCCGCAAUUUGAGUGCAUCAUUCCGGAGGAAACUCAGGAGAUUAUUUUUAUUGCCGGCGGUACUGGAAUUGCGCCCGCUUUGCAAGCCGGAUACUCCCUUCUCAACAACAAGGAGCAAGAGUCGCCCAAGCCUAAGAUUCAUAUUCUGUGGGCGAAUCGAUUGAAAGAAGACUGCAUUGGGGGGAGAGCGAUACCGCCAAGAUUGUGUCGUCGCGAGGACCUUGGUUCUCAGGCUGGUUUGGCUCCUCGAGACCAAAUGAUGCUCCUAAUUCACCAACGACAAUGCCACAUGACGACCAAGAAACAUCUCUUGUGGUAA